AUGUUCGGGAUGGAGGUAUUCUGCACAUUUCCAAGCAACUAUGUGGAAGCUCAGAAACAUGGAAAUGAGAGAAGGAUUAAAAUAGGAGACGAGGACGAAACCCUCCGGACAGGGAAACGUACGAAACCCUCUGGACGAGGAAACGUACAUUGGAGUAAUCUUGUUCUAAGCCAAUCAAGUGGUGACACCAGCUACUUGGAGAAGAUAAGGAUGAUCAUAACCAAUAUGGAGAAGACAUGCAGCUACUACAAUGGAGCCAAAACCAUUCAGCCAAUCAAAAAUGGACGAAUCAAAUGGAGAUACACAGCAGCUUCUAAGACGGGCCAAUCAUGUAGCAACAUCCAGCUACUGAAUGAGGACGAAGCAAGCCUAAACCAAUUGGGCAACGACACCAGCUGCUAUGGAGGAGAGAGGGCGUGGAUAAACUCCAAGAAUACCUAA